CUUGCUGAAGCAAUGCUUGUCACCUACUCCUUUUGAGUUCCACUAUCUUUCUCUCUCUCAAGACACUUUCUUUGUAGAAAUUCAGGAGUCACAAGGUUUAACACCCACAGAGAGAGAGAGGAGGAGGAGGAGAGAAGCUGCCCUGUUUUCUUGCUCUGUUUUUACUCUGUUUUUGGGUUCUGAGUCUCUGCAAUGGAGAGACACAAGUGUAAGCUCUGCUUCAGGAGCUUCGCUAAUGGAAGAGCUUUGGGUGGUCACAUGAGGUCUCACAUGCUGAAUCUUCCGGUUCCUCUAAAGCCAGAACUAGAAGAAGAGGAAGACCCACAGAAUCAACUCAGUGAAGAUGCUGACUCAGCUUCUUCGUCCUCAUCAUCUGAAGAAGAAGAAGAAGAACCAGAGGGAGAAGAGAAUUCAGAGAAGGGUUUGUCUUAUGGUCUCAGAGAGAACCCAAAGAGAAGUUUUCGGUUGGUAGAUCCUGAAUUUGCUUUCGCUGUUGAUGCUGGUUCUGUUGUUCUUCAAGACAGAGAAAGCGAGACCGAGUCAUCAAAGAACCCAACUCGGAGACGAUCUAAGCGAACUCGGAAGUUGAUCCAGCAUCAUCAGUACUAUAACCACCAGAAUCAAGAACGAGAGAAUUUCAAGAAGCUUAAGUUUCACAAACUCAGUAACAACAACAACAAAAGGUCCGAGUCAUGGGCAGAGCCUGAACCGGUAAGUUCGAUCUCCGAUGCCGCCACAGAAGAAGAUGUAGCUUUCUGUCUUAUGAUGCUUUCGAGGGACAAAUGGAAGAAGAAAGAAAAACUUCUCAAUGAACAAGAACAUGAAGAAUUAAAGGCAGAGGAAGAAACAGAUGAAUCUGAUGAGUUCAAAUCAUGCAAGAACAGAACUAGAGGAAAGUACAGAUGCGAAACAUGUAAGAAAUCGUUUAAAUCUUAUCAAGCACUUGGCGGGCACAGAGCAAGUCACAAGAAAAUCAAAGCAACCAUUAAUGUUCAAGAGCCAGAGUUGUUAGAAACAGAGAACAAUGCAGGUUCUCAAAAGAAGAUUCAUAAAUGUCCUUAUUGUUACAGAGUUUUCUCUUCAGGACAAGCACUCGGUGGGCACAAGAGAUCUCAUGUAAUUACCAGUUCAACACCGCCGCCGCCACCACCACCACAACCACCAGCUACUACUACUGCUACUCCGGCGAGAAGUUCCACCAUAAGCAACAAUUUCAUAGAUCUUAAUCUGCCAGCUCCAAUUGACGACGACAUUAGCCAAAUCGAACUUUCUGCACUUUCUGAUGAUGAAUUUGUUAACCAUGCUAGGCGAUGAAGACUCAAGGGUUUGAUUGAUGGUCUAAAAAGGUACAAAAAUUUUGCCACUUUUAUUGGAUCCAAGAGGAACCCAAUUUGACAUUAUCAAUUGGGUUUAAUUAUCUUGUUUGUCUCUGUCUUUAACUAUUAUAAAAAUCCUAACUUUAAUGCA